AUGAAUAGUGAACUUGAGACUCUUACGGACUGGACUUUGAAACAUGGACUUAGAAUUAAUGAAACGAAAUCCAAGGCAAUAAUUAUUGGCUACACUAAACUCAUGACUCGCCGAGGUUUCAACUUUGAUAAUGGACCAUACAUCAAAAUAAACGACAUAAAUUUGAAUUACAGUGACUUUGUUACAAAUCUGGGACUGACAAUAGACAAAACACUCGACUGGACGAAACAAAUCAACACCACCUGUAAUAAGGUAUUUGCAGGUAUCCACUCGCUUAAGAAAAUUAGUGACUUCAUUCCACUUCAUGUGAAAGUGAUGCUGGUUAAGUCAUUAAUUUUCCCAUACUUCUCUUACGGUGACAUUGUGAUCAAUGACAUGACUGUGGCCUUGUCUGAGCGACUGCAGAGGGCUCAGAACUAUUGCAUCCGGUUCAUCUUCAAUCUAAGAAGAGAUGAUCAUAUCACCCCAUUUUUCCAGCAACUACAUGUGCCAAAACUCAAGAAAAUGAGGGAGUAUCACAUUCUGAUGCUGCUUCAUGACCUUUUGCAUGUAAAAACCCCAGGUUAUUUGGCACAUAAAUUUGUUUUUAUUGGAGAUCGUAGUGUGAGAGGUACCAGGCAGGGCUCCCAACUAUUGGUUAUUCCAAAUCAUAGAACAUCUAUGUAUAAUAAAUCAUUCCAUGUAUCAGCUUGUCGGAUCUGGAAUCUGUUGCCUCCAACUGUGAAGAGUAUUGGCGAUCGAGCUCUGUUUGGCGCGGCAGUAUUGAAUUGGCUGGGAUCUGGUGGCGCAGAUUAG